CUGAGGUUGCAACCUCCCCCUCCCCGUUUGCCACCGAGAAGACCUACGGACAGAGGGAGGCCGACAUGGCGGGGCUUCACUGAAGGAAGCCGUCAGGGAGGAGAGGAGGGGGGAGAGAAGAAGAAGAAAAAAAAAAUCCCUGCAUUUCCUCCUCCUCCUCCUCCUCCUCCUCCUCCUGCUCCCACACACCAUCCCUUCUGCUGUGACUCCUCGUCCUCUCCCGGCGUCCUCCUCCUACUCUAUGCAUUACUAAAACGGCGCAAGGACUGCAUCAGGAGGAAAAAAAAAAUCUCUUGCAAACAAAGAGAGAAAGAGGGAGCGAGCGAGGGUGGGGGGUGGAAAUCUCCUAGGCGAGUAUGGCGGACCGCAGCUUGGAAAGCAUGUCUUUGCCCCUGGAGGUGAGAGCCCGUUUGGCCGAGCUGGAGCUAGAACUAUCAGAAGGUGACAUCACACAGAAAGGUUAUGAAAAGAAGAGGUCAAAAUUAAUUGGGGCCUAUCUGCCACAACCUCCAGCAGCGAAUGGAGCUGCCGCAGUACGGUGUAGACUGCAGCACAGUGAAGGACCCACAAGAAGGAUGCUCCGUUCUGCCAACAUCGGGGUGUGUGACAUCCGGGAAGCAGCGGCCAGAGACCGGGCGGCCAGCACCGCGGGAACCCGGCCUCUGUUUUACUUUCGUUUCGGGGUGGAUCAGGCCUUGCCACAAGAACGCCGGACUCCUGUUACCCCCUCCUCCUCCUCAAGAUACCACCGCCGCAGGUCCUCAGGGUCCCGGGAUGAACGUUAUCGAUCAGAUGUGCAUACUGAAGCUGUCCAAGCGGCCCUGGCUAAACACAAAGAAAGGAAAAUGGCAGUGCCGAUGCCUUCCAAACGCCGUUCGCUGGUUGUGCAGACCUCAAUGGAUGCCUACACACCUCCAGACACCUCUUCUGGUUCAGAGGAUGAAGGCUCCGUACAGGGUGAUUCCCAGGGAACCCCCACCUCCAGCCAGGGCAGCAUCAACAUGGAACACUGGAUCAGCCAAGCAAUCCAUGGCUCGACAACCUCUACGACGUCCUCCUCUUCCACGCAAAGUGGUGGCAGUGGGGCCGCACACAGGCUAGCCGAUGUCAUGGCUCAGACGCACAUAGAAAAUCAUUCCGCACCUCCUGAUGUUACCACUUACACCUCAGAACACUCAAUACAAGUUGAAAGACCUCAAGGAUCGACAUCAUCACGGACAGCACCAAAGUAUGGAAAUGCUGAACUCAUGGAGACUGGGGAUGGAGUACCCGUGAGCAGCCGAGUGUCAGCAAAGAUUCAACAGCUGGUCAAUACCCUCAAACGGCCCAAACGACCUCCGUUACGAGAAUUCUUUGUAGAUGAUUUUGAGGAAUUGUUAGAAGUUCAACAACCAGAUCCAAACCAACCAAAGCCAGAAGGAGCACAGAUGUUGGCAAUGCGAGGGGAGCAGCUGGGCGUGGUAACAAAUUGGCCACCGUCAUUAGAAGCAGCAUUACAGCGAUGGGGGACCAUUUCACCAAAGGCCCCUUGCCUAACCACUAUGGACACAAAUGGAAAACCACUGUACAUUCUUACUUAUGGCAAACUGUGGACAAGGAGUAUGAAGGUUGCUUACAACAUUCUACAUAAAUUAGGUACAAAACAAGAACCCAUGGUGCGGCCUGGAGACAGGGUAGCACUGGUAUUCCCUAAUAACGACCCUGCCGCUUUCAUGGUCGCCUUUUACGGCUGCUUACUGGCUGAAGUUGUUCCUGUCCCCAUUGAAGUACCACUUACCAGAAAGGAUGCAGGAAGUCAACAGAUAGGGUUUUUACUUGGAAGCUGUGGAGUUACUGUGGCCUUGACUAGCGAUGCCUGCCAUAAAGGACUGCCAAAAAGCCCAACGGGGGAGAUACCACAGUUUAAAGGUUGGCCAAAGCUCUUAUGGUUCGUCACAGAGUCUAAGCAUCUUUCUAAACCUCCUCGGGAUUGGUUCCCACACAUCAAGGAUGCAAAUAACGACACUGCUUAUAUUGAGUAUAAAACCUGUAAAGAUGGAAGUGUGCUUGGGGUGACUGUGACAAGAAUUGCGCUGCUCACGCACUGUCAAGCCCUCACCCAGGCGUGUGGCUACACCGAAGCUGAAACAAUUGUGAAUGUAUUAGAUUUCAAGAAGGAUGUUGGCCUCUGGCAUGGGAUCCUGACGAGUGUCAUGAAUAUGAUGCAUGUAAUCAGUAUCCCAUAUUCCUUAAUGAAAGUGAACCCCCUUUCCUGGAUACAGAAGGUCUGCCAAUACAAAGCCAAAGUGGCUUGUGUCAAAUCCAGGGACAUGCAUUGGGCACUAGUCGCACAUCGCGAUCAAAGAGAUAUCAACCUCUCUUCUCUUCGUAUGCUGAUAGUUGCUGAUGGAGCAAACCCCUGGUCUAUUUCUUCUUGUGAUGCAUUUCUCAAUGUCUUCCAAAGUAAAGGCUUACGACAGGAGGUCAUUUGUCCCUGUGCUAGCUCACCAGAGGCUCUCACUGUGGCCAUCCGAAGGCCAACAGAUGACAGCAACCAGCCCCCAGGCAGAGGAGUUCUCUCUAUGCAUGGACUCACGUUUGGUGUCAUCAGAGUGGAUUCCGAGGAAAAGCUCUCAGUUCUGACUGUGCAGGAUGUAGGCUUGGUGAUGCCUGGAGCUAUCAUGUGUGCAGUGAAGCCAGAUGGAAUUCCUCAGCUGUGCAGAACAGAUGAGAUUGGAGAACUCUGUGUGUGUGCAAUUGCUACGGGUACAUCAUAUUAUGGCCUUUCAGGCAUGACCAAGAACACUUUUGAGGUGUUUCCUAUGACAAGUUCAGGGGCUCCAAUCAGCGAAUACCCAUUUAUAAGGACAGGAUUAUUGGGAUUUAUUGGUCCUGGUGGACUUGUCUUUGUAGUGGGUAAAAUGGAUGGCUUGAUGGUCGUCAGUGGGCGAAGACACAAUGCUGAUGACAUUGUAGCAACAGCGUUGGCGGUAGAACCGAUGAAAUUUGUCUACAGAGGAAGAAUAGCUGUAUUUUCAGUGACUGUCCUUCAUGAUGAAAGGAUCGUUAUUGUUGCAGAGCAGAGGCCAGAUUCCACAGAGGAAGACAGCUUUCAGUGGAUGAGCAGAGUUCUGCAGGCUAUUGAUAGUAUCCAUCAAGUUGGGGUUUACUGCUUAGCUCUGGUUCCAGCAAACACCCUUCCCAAAACACCCCUGGGAGGAAUACACUUAUCGGAGACCAAGCAACUUUUUCUGGAAGGUUCUCUCCAUCCCUGCAAUGUCUUGAUGUGUCCGCAUACUUGUGUUACCAACCUGCCAAAGCCUAGACAGAAGCAACCAGAAAUUGGCCCGGCCUCUGUGAUGGUGGGGAACCUUGUUUCUGGGAAAAGGAUUGCUCAAGCUAGCGGCAGAGACCUGGGGCAGAUAGAAGACAAUGAUCAGGCCCGAAAGUUCCUGUUUCUCUCUGAAGUUUUGCAGUGGAGAGCUCAGACCACUCCUGACCAUGUCCUCUACACGCUGCUUAACUGUAGGGGCACGAUAGCCAACUCCUUGACGUGUGUCCAGCUGCAUAAACGAGCUGAGAAGAUUGCUGUUAUGUUAAUGGAAAGAGGGCACUUGCAAGAUGGAGAUCACGUGGCCUUGGUUUACCCCCCAGGAAUAGACCUAAUUGCAGCCUUUUAUGGCUGCCUAUAUGCAGGCUGUGUGCCAAUAACAGUUCGACCUCCCCAUCCCCAGAACAUUGCCACGACAUUACCUACUGUCAAGAUGAUUGUGGAGGUGAGUCGCUCUGCCUGUUUAAUGACAACGCAAUUAAUAUGCAAAUUGUUAAGAUCCAGAGAGGCAGCAGCAGCAGUAGAUGUCAGAACGUGGCCCCCCAUACUGGAUACAGAUGAUUUGCCAAAGAAGCGGCCUGCCCAAAUCUACAAACCUUCUAACCCAGAUACACUGGCUUACCUUGACUUCAGUGUAUCCACAACUGGAAUGCUAGCUGGAGUAAAGAUGUCCCAUGCGGCCACUAGUGCCUUUUGCCGUUCUAUUAAGCUGCAGUGUGAACUUUACCCCUCUAGAGAAGUGGCUAUCUGUCUGGACCCCUACUGUGGGCUUGGGUUUGUCCUCUGGUGCCUCUGCAGUGUUUAUUCAGGACACCAGUCUAUUCUGAUCCCUCCCUCAGAGCUGGAGACCAAUCCUGCCCUAUGGCUUCUUGCUGUGAGUCAGUACAAAGUCCGAGACACUUUCUGUUCCUACUCAGUCAUGGAACUUUGCACCAAGGGCCUAGGCUCACAGACAGAAUCACUGAAGGCAAGAGGACUGGACUUGUCCCGAGUACGGACGUGUGUGGUCGUGGCAGAAGAACGCCCUCGAAUAGCCCUCACACAAUCAUUUUCAAAAUUAUUUAAAGAUCUGGGUCUCCAUCCACGAGCUGUUAGUACAUCAUUUGGCUGUAGAGUUAACCUGGCGAUCUGCUUGCAGCCUCACAGGCUGGGGAAGCUGGCUGACCAGGGAACAUCUGGACCUGAUCCAACCACUGUGUAUGUUGAUAUGAGGGCACUAAGACAUGACAGAGUUCGUCUAGUAGAAAGAGGAUCUCCCCACAGUUUGCCCCUCAUGGAAUCAGGAAAAAUCCUCCCUGGAGUCCGUAUCAUAAUUGCAAAUCCAGAAACAAAAGGACCCUUGGGAGACUCUCAUCUUGGGGAGAUCUGGGUUCACAGCGCUCACAAUGCCAGUGGCUACUUUACUAUUUAUGGAGAUGAAUCCCUUCAGUCAGAUCACUUUAAUUCAAGAUUAAGUUUUGGAGACACACAGACUAUUUGGGCUCGAACAGGCUAUUUGGGAUUCCUGAGGAGAACUGAGCUUACUGAUGCCAAUGGAGAGCGCCACGAUGCCCUCUACGUUGUGGGUGCAUUAGAUGAAGCUAUGGAGUUGCGGGGAAUGAGGUAUCAUCCAAUCGAUAUUGAGACAUCAGUAAUCAGAGCCCAUAAGAGUGUCACAGAAUGUGCCGUGUUUACUUGGACAAACUUACUGGUCGUCGUGGUUGAGUUGGAUGGCUCAGAACAAGAAGCCUUAGACCUGGUUCCCUUAGUCACGAAUGUGGUUCUAGAGGAACAUUACCUGAUUGUAGGCGUGGUGGUGGUGGUGGACAUUGGUGUCAUUCCUAUCAACUCCCGUGGAGAAAAGCAGCGUAUGCACCUACGAGAUGGAUUUUUGGCAGACCAGCUAGAUCCAAUUUAUGUGGCCUACAACAUGUAGUUUUGUCCCUUUGGCUUCCAUGGACUUUACUAGAGAUGUAUACAUUUUCCUCAGUGUCCACUAAAAAUGUGCAGAGAAGCGAGGGUGAUGCUCA